CGUUCCGGCGGACAGAUGCGUGUCGAGCGGGGUGAGCGCGUUACUGCCGCGAACAUGUUGUUGUCGUGAGCGUGACAAGUCGGCGCUGCGCUACAGGGACGGAAGGAGGAAGACGAGCCAGGGUUUCAAGAGGCCGGUGAUGGAAGAGGCAGAGAGCGGGGGACUGGAGCCCGAGCCCCGGUGCGCCGAGCAGACUGAGCUGCUCUCAUUAAUAAUAAGCGGAGAGGAGGAAGCGACGCCAGAGGAGAGUGAGCUGGGAGAAGAGGAUGGUCUUGCCAACGGCCAUGGUGGGGAGGAGUCAGGGGCUGGCAUGGUCACGCCUGUCAGAUCUCCAGGUACCAGCUACUGGAGCAUCACGGAGGGACCUGACCACCCGCUGCUCCUUUCGCCGGCCCCUGGGCCCUCUGGACGAAAGCCCAGGGUCCAGAGGGCCUCGCGCCCAGGCCUCAGCCGGAUCCCAGGUCGGGACCACCGCCGCUACUACCACGAGUACUGGCGCAGUGAGUACCUGAUGGACUUUGACCCCCAGCGGCACGGGAUGAUCUGCAUGGUGUGCGGCAGCUCACUGGCCACUCUGAAGCUCAGCACCAUAAAAAGACACAUAAGACAGAAGCACCCAGACUCCCUGCUGUGGAGUGCUGCCGACAAGGAGGUUAUCCGCUCGGGCUGGGAGAGCCAUCUGAGCCUGGGGGGGAGUCAGAGAUCGUACAGCUCUGCUGCUGGACCUUUACCACAGGAAGAAGAGGAGCAGCUGGACUCAGGCCAACAUGCUGCUGAAGCCCUGGAUCCUGUUGCUCCCCAUGAGCCGCCACAACAAGCCCUCAGUCUGUCUCCCCAGUCUGAGGAGGUUGACGUCCAGCAGCCCCAGGAGCAGGAGGAGGAGGAUCUCUCCGGACCAACAGCUCAGACUUUGGAGCGCUACCUGAAUGACUCACUGCACGCUUGGUUCCGUCAGGAGUUCCUGAUGGAGUACGAAGCAGAGGCUGGCCGGCUGCUGUGCAUGGUGUGCGGAGGAGAGCUGCCCUCCCUUCACCUUGACCACAUCAAGAGCCAUGUGCUGGACACACACCCUAACUCCCUGGUCUUCAGCUCAGAGGAGAAGCACUGCAUCCUUCAGGCCUGGGCUCAGACUCAUGAAGAUUCAGAAAACUCAAUCAAAUCGGAGCCCAGCACCAAAGAAGAAGGCAUGGACCUAUUUGCUCAGGAUGCGGAGGCCAUCCAGAUCAACACUGACUUGUAUCCAGAAAGUGAUGGCACUUUAACUCAGGAAACAUGUCUCAUUGGUGAGGACGGCGGAGUAGGAGCUCCGCAACAGGGAUCCCAGCCCCUUCGUCAGCCCAGGAAGAGGCGUCUGCCUGGGGGCGACCCAUGGCGGCUCCGCCUUGACUACCUGGUGGCCUAUGGGCCUCAGGGCCAGGACACGUUCUGCAUGGUGUGUUCUCAGGUCCUGCACGAAACCAAGGUCAGCAGCUUCCGGCGCCACAUAAAGGAAUGUCACCCUGAGACCACGACCCUGAGCCGACAAGAAAGGGAAGCCAUGGCUGCUGCCUGGACCAAAGAUUAUUCUAGUGAAGACAUGCAAUCUCAAGAUGAAAUCAACCUUAGAGAAGCUACUACAGGAGAGACAUGUGACGACGCCUGCCCAGAUAUCACAACACCCAGUAAAACGGUGAAGAAAGAGGAAGGUGUGAGUGGGCGAAGAGGUAAAGCGAAGGACAGCAGCACCGCAGCCACGCCUUCUCGUCACAGCCAUUACCCCGGGAAGGACCAGAGGAGGAACUACCAGGUGCGCUGGCGGAUGGAAUACCUGAUGGACUACGACUGCAGGAGACACGGGCUGAUCUGCAUAGUGUGUGGAGCCACUCUGGCCACGUUGAAGGUCAGCACCAUCAAGAGGCACAUCCAGCAGGUACACCCCCACUCUCUGGACUACAGCCCGGAGGAGAAGCAGCAGGCUAUGCUGAGCUACAACCAGAUCGCCUUGCACUUCACCCACUCUGAUGACUGCUUCUCCUCCCAGGACCACGGCCACACAGAGCUGGCUCCCACUCCAGCACACUUUGGCACUUAAAAAGGGCUUCUGUCUGUUGCUCCUCAGAAGUCCCAUGUCCAGAAAAAGCCCUUCAAUUUCUUUGUUAAAGGGAAGUUCAGACCAAACAUGGUCUUACUGUCCUAUUCCUGCUCCUUGUCCUCUUUGACUUUGUUACCAAAUCUAUACAAUCAGGUGACUAGCUGUCACAAUGGUCAGAAAUAUGAGGGUAAGACCCAGGUUGAGAAACACAAGAAUUUCCCAUUACAUCUAAAUCUGAGAGUACUGUUGCAGGUGAAGUGGCAGAUUGCAACUGCUGCAGAGGAAAUGAAACAACCUAAAAUGUCAUGGCCUGAAAAACUCAAAGUCCAGCCACUCAUUUGAAACUAAAGCCUUAUUUGCACAGGACCAGUAUUACACAAGGACCUCAUGGGAUUGUUUAGGAACUGCAUAUUUGCAUGGGUGCACAAAAUCUGAUCUUUGCAGAUAUGUCUGUCAAAUCCUAAUACUUAAACAAGUGAUACCAUUGUUACCAUAGAUCACUGACCCAGUAGUUGAUGCUAUCCGUAGUAUCCAAAUACUAUGUGUAUUGGAAUACCAAGGGGUCUUAUACAUAUAUAAUAUGUAUAUGCACACAUACACACACAUCUGAUUAAUCAGAUCAUCACCAGUCCACUAAAAUGGGGGCAAAUAUUACAAGUAACUGCCCAGAUGACAUACUGUGUAGAAUAUGUAUUUAAGGAUAGGCUACAUAUUGAAUACUGAAUAUUGCAAUUAUAAUAAAUCACAUAUGGUCCCCUGUUAAGGGCCUGGUCAGACCAACUUUUAUGAUUUCACGGCAAAAUUUCAAUAAAAGUGUUUUGGUUAGUGGAAUUUCUCACAGAGGUGAAGUAAAUCUAAAACGAGCUUCUGCAUGAAGUGUAACUUCGAUAAACUUUGACAUCCAAAUUUGUUCCACGGACCAAAAACCAAACUGUCUGGGAAUAGAGAGCUGGAUUGCACAAAACAGAGGAAGCUAACAUAUUAGCUGUGUUGGACCUUCUUCCUUUAAUUAUUCCCCUGCACGAGACUAAAGCUCCACAAAAGAGGCAUUCACCGUAUACGCAUGGCAUGCAAUUAACCACUCCCCACCCUGAGUGUGAUAUCAGAGGAAAAUGGCCGCCAUGGGUAUAUGGCAAAUUGUUUGCAUUUGUGAGAAAAUUGUCUCUUGAAUAAACUGUGGUAACCUUGAACAGCAGUUAGCAAGCCAGGUAGCUAUAAGGAGCUAAUUUCACCUUCACGAUAGCUGCUUCAGUACCUCUGUCACAAUCCCUCCUUACUCAGUCUUUCAGGAAAAGUCCAACCAUUUCCUGGGAUCAAUGAUCAUCUCUACCAACACAUGUAAGAAGCUGAAUGUUUCUAAAGUUAAGCAGUUACAUUGUUGGCUUUAGAAGAAAAUCAGUUCCUAUGAAAUUUCAGCAGCAUGGCUUCAAACCUCAGACGUUUCACCCACAUGUGGCAUCUAGCGCUGACAUGUUCCUGGCAAGCAAAUGUAAACUGUCAGCUCAGAAGCUACCUUCACAAGCGGUUACUUUAUGCUGUCAGCACCACAUGUUUUACAAGGACACACAAUUUAUAUUUGCUGCGUCACUUCUGGUCUGACCAGGGUCGAACACUGAAAACUGGGCUUUAGAUAAAGGGUUAAAACUCCUUCUUGCUUCGUCUUAUACUUUCAACACGUAAUGGGUCCCUGGACUUUCAGUUUUUAAUGACCGUCAUUAUGUUUCCUUUCUGCCGGUCAUGUUUUUAGGUCUGCCUUGUUUCUGGUUGGGGCCAGAGUCUUAUGUUCUCAGGAACUUAGAAACAGAAUCUUCGGCGAGGCCAAGUUGAAUUAGUUUGAUGAUAAUGUGUCUGAAGACAACACAGCACUUUGCCCUAAAAAUGUACUAAACCCCAGCUUUCCUUCUGUACAGCUAAUAGAAUGAGACUGUGUUUGAUGUUAUUGCUGAAGACAAUGAAUGCCAGCGUGCAGUCAAUGAGUUCAGAUCUCCUAAUGUAUUUAAUUCCUUGUUUACAGUGGAGGAGACAUCCUCCUCUCUCAUCCAUUAUAAUGAGAUAUGUUAUCUCUCUGUCAUUUUGCAUCGUUGCUACGCCGACCUGCAUCCUUUUCAUCCUCCACAACUCAUGUUAGCCAAAAGCUGCACAAAAAAAGAAUAUGUAAAUACUUAUAUGAAAAUUUUGAAUUAUUUUUCCUUUAUACAAGCACUUUUAUGCACCCUGGUUUCUACAAAAACAUGUUUGUAAUUAUGUCCAGUUUUUCUACUUCAUUCAAGAUUUCAACAAUGUUUGUAAAACGGCUGGAGAACAGCCUGCUGGACUUCGAGUCUACUCCAGCUUUGGUACCGCUUCAUUUUUUCAUUCACUGUACAAAGUUUAUGCAACAAAAGGAGUUGAAGAAAAACUAAGAGUGUGUGCAAAAGAAAAAUCUGCCAUACAAUGUCAGCAGGAAAUGUAACUCAGGGAUUCUGUUUUCAUCAACAACCAUUUCAUCAGUGAUCGUUUAAGAACAUGUCAGCUGUUGACAUAGAUACUGUACAUGUGUCUGCUUUGGGUUGUUCAGGUAUUAGGGCCAAAAUAAAGUCAUAAUGUCAGGAGGAAAAAGUUGGAAAAUGUGAGAAAAUAACAUAACAAGG